AUGCCAUUCACGUGUUCCGAUAUCAUUAAAAUCAUUGUUGCUAUUAUCUUACCACCAUUAGGUGUCUUUUUGGAAAGAGGAUGUUCCUCAUCAUUGUUUAUUAAUAUUCUUUUGACUAUUUUGGGUUAUAUUCCAGGUAUCAUUCACGCAUUGUACGUCAUUCUAAAGUACUAG